UUUUUCUGCUUACGACCUUCAUUUUUCAACAUUCAAUUUUUAAAAAAUUUUCGCCUGUGGCGCUUUAAAUGGAAACCCUAUUUUUACCUCAUUUUAACUCUCCCCCUAAAAUCGACCCGUUGGUUAUGCCAUUGGUUGUACUCGUCCUUGUUGCGUGAUGUAGGAAAAUUAGUGUAGCCCUAAAAAUAGUCAAACUCUCCUAAAACUGCUUUUCAUCAUUGCUAUAUUUUAAUAAAAGAAUUUUUUUGUCUUUUCAGAUUUCGCUAUACACUAGAAGAUUUAGUUCCUAUGGUCAAACGCCUUUCUGCCCGUACAACUUCAUAUUUUGAAUGGAAAAGGAGUCUGUCUCAAUUCAAUAAUUUAAUUGAAGAAGUUUAUAAUUCUCAACAAAAUGGAGAAGGAGAAGACUCUGUAAAACAAAAAUUAGAUGUUAAUAAAAUGAGAACACUUGCUGAUAAAUGGCGAACUUCUCGAUUUCCACAUUGUGCAGAAAUUCAACGAAUCAAUCAAAUUUUGUCUGAUUUUGAUAAAAUAACAACAAGUUUAAAUAGAAUACUUUGUAGGAAGAUACGUCUUCGAGAUCAGACAAUCUGUCAAAAGGUGGAUACUCGCUGUGAAUAUUCUGAAGUUUUAAAUUUACGUGAUCAAUUGGAAAAAUCAAUUUUUGAUGAUGAUGAAUUGGAAAUUGGAUUAAAGGAACUUUGUGCUAAAGUUGAUAAUUGGAAACAACGAGUUCAAAAAUGUUUAGCAGACGAAUAUUCUGGUUUUCGCUCAAUAGAUGCUCUCUACUCACUUAUUAAUGAGGCUGAAGAUGAAUUUAAUAUACGUUUGGAUGCAGAGGGUUUAGAUGAAUUGAGAUCUGUUCUUGAACGUUAUCAAUGGAUAAUUAAAGCUGAAAAAUUGCUGCAACAAAUUAAUCAAUUUGUAAAUAUUAAACAUGAAGACCAUGAACAAAAUGGCAUUACAAAAAAUAUGGAAGAGGAAGACGAAGAAAAACAUGAGCGUUUGAGUCUUCAAAAUAUUGGGAAAUUGGUAAUUGAGUCAUCUAGAUGGCUUCAAAGUUGUCAAAAUGUUGCAAAUUUAACAAAACAAUUGGAAGAAAAAUUUGAUUUGGGAACUCGAACAGAAACAUUGGCAUCUGAUUUUUUGGAGAAUUCUUCUAGUAAUGUUGGAGGAAUUGAAAAAGCAGAAGAAUUUUGGAAUGAAAAUUUGUCUGUUGUUGAUUGGCUUGAGUCGGAUUCUUUGCAAACUUUUCGAGAUGAAUUGGAGGUUAUUUUUGAGAUUUAUUGUGAAAAAAAUUUAUUAAAAUGGGGGGUCUUUUUUUCGUAGUUUACCAGGCAUUCAUUUAUAAUUUAUUAAUAAGUGCUUGGCUA